AUGUCGCUAGAAGAAAUCGAAGCUCAAUUGGCAAAUCUACGGGAGCAACAAAAUGAACUUUCCACCAACGUUCAGCAACGUAACGACUCUGGUAAUGUAUCAGUAAAUCGAGUUGCAGUAAAGCUUCCACCAUUCUGGGCCGAUCGACCUAGUCUAUGGUUUGCUCAUGUAGAUUCCCAGUUCACAAUCUCAGGCAUCACAAGCGAGGACACUCGGUUCCACUACGUCGUUUCUCAGCUUGAAACACGUUACGCAGUGGAAGUAGAGGACAUAAUCACAAAUCCGCCUGCAACAAAUCGUUACGCGGUACUUCGUUCGAAGCUAAUUGAAAGGCUCUCUAAUAGUGAAGAAGAAUGUGUUCGCCAGUUGAUGAGUGACGAAGAUAUCGGAGAUCGCAAGCCAUCGCAGUUCUUACGCCACCUACGUUCUCUGCUCGGUCCAGCCCAACUACAGGACAACAUCCUUCGAGCACUCUGGCUACGCCGUCUCCCUGUUAACAUUCAAGUGAUUCUCACUGCUCAAAAUGAACUUCCACUCGAUAAACUUGCAGAUAUAGCCGAUAAAGUCAUUGAAGUUUCUACAAGAACACCACAAGUAUCGGUAAAUGCUACUACAUCUCGUGAACACACACAGUCUAAUGACGAUCUCACUGCUGUUGUUGCAAGACUGACACAAAGGAUUGACACACUCGAAGUAUCCCUCCGGCACAUAAUCGUUCGACCAAUCAUGACAAGAAAACAUCAAAGAACCCGAAUCAAGAUCAGAACAAAUCUACAAGCCAAAUUUGCUGGUAUCAUGCCAAAUUUGGCGAACAAGCUUCAAAAUGUACUUCUCCUUGCUCUUACGCGGGAAACUCCAAAGACGGCCAGUAACAGCGGCGGCUGA